UCAAACUCAACUAUUCAUGCAUGACUAUAUGAAAGAAGAAGAAGGUUUUCCUGAAGAUGAGGCGACUGAAUCGGAGGAAAACCUUAAGUUUGGUGAAAGAGUUGGAUGCCUUUCCAAAGGUUCCUGAGAGCUAUGUGGAGACUUCAGCCAGUGGGGGUACAGUUUCUCUAAUAGCGUUUACCACUAUGGCUUUAUUAACUAUAAUGGAAUUUUCAGUAUAUCAAGAUACAUGGAUGAAGUAUGAAUAUGAAGUAGACAAGGAUUUUUCUAGCAAAUUGAGAAUCAAUAUAGAUAUUACUGUUGCCAUGAAGUGUCAAUAUGUUGGAGCAGAUGUAUUGGAUUUAGCAGAAACAAUGGUUGCAUCUGCCGAUGGUCUAGUUUAUGAACCAGCAAUAUUUGAUCUUUCACCACAGCAAAGAGAGUGGCAGAGGAUGCUACAGCUGAUUCAGAGUAGACUGCAAGAAGAACAUUCACUUCAAGAUGUGAUAUUUAAAAGUGCUUUUAAAAGUGCAUCAACAGCACUUCCACCAAGGGAAGAUGAUUCGUCACAACCUCCAGAUGCUUGCAGAAUUCGUGGUCAUCUGUAUGUCAAUAAAGUAGCAGGGAAUUUUCACAUAACUGUGGGCAAGGCAAUUCCACAUCCCCGAGGUCAUGCACACUUGGCAGCACUUGUCAACCAUGACUCUUACAACUUUUCUCACAGAAUAGAUCAUUUGUCUUUUGGAGAACUUGUUCCAGGAAUUAUUAAUCCUUUAGAUGGAACUGAAAAAAUUGCAUUAGAUCACAACCAGAUGUUUCAAUAUUUUAUUACAAUUGUGCCAACAAAAUUACAUACAUACAAAAUUUCAGCAGACACCCAUCAGUUUGCCGUGACAGAAAGGGAACGUGUUAUUAACCAUGCUGCGGGCAGCCAUGGAGUCUCUGGGAUUUUUAUGAAAUAUGAUCUCAGCUCUCUUAUGGUGACAGUUACCGAAGAGCAUAUGCCUUUCUGGCAGUUUUUUGUAAGACUUUGUGGUAUUGUUGGAGGAAUCUUUUCAACAACAGGCAUGUUACAUGGAAUUGGCAAAUUUAUAGUUGAAAUAAUUUACUGUCGUUUCAGACUUGGAGCCUACAAACCUGUCAAUUCUGUUCCCUUUGAAGAUGGCCACACGGACAACCAUGUACCUCUUUUAGAAAAUAAUACACAUUAACAUCUCCCAAGUAAAGGAGAAGAACUUUUUGCCUGAGACAUAAAACCUUUUUUAAUAAUAAAAUAUUGUGCAAUAUAUUCAAAGAAAAGAAAAUAUGAAUGAAAAACAGAAAUCACACCUAGGGACAAAAAAAAAAAAAAAAAAAACCCAAAACUGAAAUCCUAUAUGUUCCGUGUCUGUUACAAAUGUUCUAGAAGAAAUUAUGCAGCUAAUCUAUAAUCAGUGAAUAAGCCCAGCUGGAGUAUUGCUUUGAACAUGACCCCUUCUGAUAUUUUCAUAGCAAAUGGGCAGUAUUGAAAUCAGACCUUGCUUCUUGAUGACAGAGCCUAAAGGAAGAAGUCAAAUCACAUCUAAAGAAAAUGGCAUUGAUAAGUGCAAAUGUUUUCAUCUCUUUGUUUUUUUAAAGAUAUGAUGUCAGAAUAAAAUAUGUAAAACAUAUGGAAAACUAGUGUAGACUUUAAAAAGUGUGGUCAGGUCACAUGGUUAAUAAAGGAAAAGGCGGGGUCCCUGUGUUAUAGCCAUAUUACUGUUAAGCCAUAAUGACAAGACCAUUUAUCCAAUUUUGGGUCUUAGGGUGGUAACUGCUUUUCUUUAAACUUUGGCUGUUGACAUUUCUGAUUGUUCAAGGCAAGGUUGUGAAAGACUAAGGUAAAUACUCAGAAGGGCAGAUGCUGUAAUAUGUAACAGAGGCAGAUGCUGUAAUAUGUAACAGGUAUCAUUCACAAUUUGUAUAGUGGGCACGUACGCAGGGAGAAGAAAGCACAAGUUUAAAAAAGAUGCUAAAUUUCCUAAUCUGAUCCUUAUUUUUUGUUAUGGUUUGGGAACAGGGGGUGAGUAAUAAAAAGAUCCACUGCUAAUGAUGGAAAUAAUCAGUUUGUAAAAUAUUAAGAGGAAAAGUAGCGUUUUUUAUGUGUUGUGGUAGUGGGCAACAGGGUAACUUAAAAAUAGAAGUAUAAGGCAAAUAUUUAAGUAAGACAAAAUAAUGUCAGAACUGAGAGAUUAUCAUAUUAAACUGUCAUAUUAAACAUAAUAUUAAAUGUUUAUCAUAGUAAACAUUUAAACUGUAAAACUGUAUUAUGAAAAAACGAUCUGCAUUCAGAGUGUCCUGAAUGUGAUUGAUUCUGUAUUAGAUUGUGUUGGUCUAGAUUUCUUACUAUUUAAGGAUUCAUUUUAAAUUUCUAGACUAUAAAAGAUUUUAAAGAGGGGUAUAUCACUCAGGUGCUGUUAAAACCUAAAUUUGGAAUAUGUGUGCCAACAUGAUUUUUCCUGUUGUAAUGCUUAAUAAUGACAGUAGAAGAAUCAUCAACCAGUUCCUCGUGGUUUAAGUCUUUCAGGGAAAUGGGGAAACAAAAAUUCCAGGUAAGUGACAAGACCAAGACUAAAAAACAAGAUUUUAAAUGGUUUUUAGAGAAUAGGACACCACAAGUUAGAGUUUUUCAAAUUCCUUUCUGUUAAAAAGUAAAAGAAAAAAAUGUCCUGUUGAAAGCAGUUGGGGCAGAUAACGGAAAGAAGAAGAAAUACUGAUAAAACUACUUUAUAGUAAAGCUUAUAUAAGAAUGCUAUUUUGCAAAUAAUAAGAGAAGCAUCAUUGUUUAAAAUAUAUAGUUAAUAUGAUUAAGAGCCAUUAAGUUAACUGACUAAUAUAAGUGACAAGUUUAUGCUUUGAAAGAUUUUUGAAUUCAGAAAAUUCCAAAUAAUGAAUAGCCUUCUCAUUAUUUAGAAAUUUCUGAUUUCUUCAGAUGUUAUUUCCAGUGAAGGUAGACUAGGAAAAGGAAUUUUUAAUUAGAAUUAGAAUUUUAGCUAUUUUAGACUGAAUGUUGGUUCUGUGAAUCUGCUUGUCAGAAAAUUCAAUUUAGUUUCAGGGUUAUUUUAAUAGGGAAAACUAUUGAUUUAGAAUUAUUUUCUCUCAAUUAGGAUUAUAAAAGUUGAAUAUCUUUAAGAAGGAUUUUAAAAAUUAUUUUGGUACUUGCAUAUGAUUUUUACUUGUUACCGUUUUGUUUUCCAAAUACCACAUUAAAAUUGUAAUAGUAUUAAUCUGUCCCAUUAAAACUGAGUAUAAAAGGAA